AAUACGCAAAAGUAUCGAUGUCUUCGAUACUUUUUGUUGUACUUGUACAUUUUUCGCCAAAAAUAAUAAUAAAAGUGAAAAGUUAAUGUAUUUUUGUUGUACAAAUACAUAGAAAAUGUUGUUGAAUUGAUUGGCAAAUUUGCCAUAAAACGGCCGUAAUAAAAUAGAAGUGCAAUACGUGGAAACGCUGGUAUUGCUAGCAUGUUGAGCAUGUGAACAUGUAACACAGAAGAAACAUUUGAAUGCGAAUUUUCUUAGUUGGGCUACGCUUAACGAACUAAUUAAUAUGAAAUGCUGAGUUUUUGCCUGAAAAAUGCAUCAUUACAGAACUGGUGCCGCAGGAAAUACACGCGCAUACCUAAGCCGCUUACUAAACUAAACUAAAAGUAAAAAAAAACUACUCAGCAAUAAGAUAUAUUAAGCCUGCCUGACUGCUUGUCUGCCUGCCUGACUGCCACAGCUUGAAGAGAGAAAUGUUAAAGUCUAGCACAAACCCACAGGAAUUGCGUCUGCCACGCCCCGAGGAACACCAUCAGCCGCAUCCGCACACGCAGCAGGGACAGCCGACGCAUCAAGUUGCCGCCGUGAUAGCCAACAAUAUAACGUCUGCAGCAGCCGCAGCCGCCGCCGCAGCAGCAGCCGCAGCAGCAGCAGGAGGAGGAGGAUCAGCAGUAGUCCCCACCAGCCACAGCAUGGACACGCUUAAGACAACAUUUCUUCCCAAUCUGAGUAUGGAUCCGAAUGUCAUUAGUCCGCACUACUGCCCCAUGUGCCAUCAGCAGUUCGAGCGCAUCCAGCAUGCGGCCGAGCAUAUGCAGCUCUGCCAUGGCAUCUCACUCAAUGCCCAGAGCGCUCUCAUCGAACAGCAGCAGCAGCAGCAUCAACAGCAGCAGCAGCAGCAACAACAACAGCAACAGCAGCAGCAGCAGCAACUGAAGCCGCUUAGCUAUGCGUGUCCCAACUGUGAUGAUAAGUUUGCUAGCGCGCUGGAGGUGGAUGAACACCAUCGGCUGACGCAUCAGACGGCAUUUUUAGCGCGCUGCAUUGUGUGUAGCGUUUAUGGUGUCAAUUCUGUGACGCAGAAUCCCAACGAAUAUAAAUGCGCGCACUGUGGCAACGUGUUCAAUGCGGCGAUGUUGGCAACUGGACAGCAGGCGUUUAUGGAUCAUCAGGAGGCACCGGUGACGCCGGAUGAAAUGCCAGCUAUAGCGCCACGUGAUAUGAGACUGACGCCCGAAGAGCAGCAGCACCAGCAGCAACAACAACAGCAGCAGCAACAACAACAGCAACAACAACAGCAGCAACAACAACAACAACAGCAGCAAGUGCAACACCAUCAGCAGGAUCACCAUCACCAGCAACUCGAACAACAGCAACAGCAACAGCAGCAGGAGCAACAGCGACAACGUGAACUCCAGGAGCAACAGCAUCAGGAGGACCUGAGCGAUCCGUCAACGCAGAAAGUGCCGCCUCUGACAGUGAAACUGCUAAAGAACGGCACUGGAGCAACAGUAGCACAUCCGCAGGUCAUCAUUAAGGAGGAACCACUUAGUUUGAGCGAUAGCGGCGAUGUGGUCAAUUCAGUGCCUGUCUAUGCCAUACAAGCGAAUCCUGGUGUCCAGCCGGCGGGCACAACUGGCGCCGCCACCAGCGUCCUGGUUAGCACGCAGUCGGUGCCCGCGGAUCUGGCGCAUAAGAUCCGGCACAAGUGUCCCGAUUGCCCCAAAACAUUUAAGACGCCCGGCACGCUGAACAUGCACCGCAAAAUACACACGGGCGAAGCAGACGCCACGCCCAAAGAACGCCCCUACACGUGCUCCUACUGCGGCAAGUCCUUCACUCAAUCGAAUACACUAAAACAGCACACUCGCAUACAUACAGGUGAGAAACCAUUUAGAUGUGGCUUUUGUGGCAGGGCGUUCACUGUUAAGGAUUACCUGAACAAACAUUUAACGACUCACACGGGUGAAAAACCGUUUCAUUGUGGCUACUGUGAGAAGUCCUUCAGUGUGAAGGACUAUCUUACGAAACACAUACGCACACACACCGGCGAAAAGCCGUACACCUGUCCGUACUGUGACAAGCGAUUCACGCAACGCAGCGCACUCACCGUGCACACGACAAAGCUGCAUCCGCUCUAGGAUAGGCCCAGCGGUGGCCGGACCAUAGUUGACCCAAAGAAACCCACACAAGAUGAGAAUGUGGCCUAAAACAUAAAAGCAAAAAGAUAAAAAAAACUGAAACUGAAACGAACUGGAUUGCGACGAUUUAAUAAUUGGAGCAAGUGGAGCAACUGUAAUGAAAGACCUUUCUAAAGACGACAACAAUGAUGGGGCGGAUAGAUGGAUGUACGGAUGGAUGGAUCACAAGCAACCAACGACUGGCAAAUCUUCGAAGUGCUGCUAGACUCUAAAUUAGAAUUUUUACUAUCAAGCCGGAAAUGAAAAAAAAAAAAAAAAAAAAAACAAUACUUAUAGUAACAAAUUGUACUACAAUGGCGUUUUCUAUUGUUAAGUUCAUUCAAAACGAUAUUUGAUUUUCCUUUUAUUUUUAUAUUAUAUAUAUAUUUAUAUAUAUAAACUUUGUCAUGUCAUGUCUUAUAAGUCAUAAUUUUGUUAUUCUCUGAGAUUUUAAUGCAUAUUAUUUUGUAUCGUACUUGUUAAUCCUUUUUUUAUAGCGCACACUCACACCUGCGCACUCACACAGCCCCAAACCUACACCUACACCUAAAACUACAAUUACACCUAGACCCGCAUAUAUAUAUUAUUUAUACAUUAUUAAGAGAAGUAUAUAUUUUUCUAUCAAUUAUUCUUAUAUUUUUUAAACUUGUUUCAAGCUAAAACUCAUGUUGACGAUAUUUUUACCUACGCGCAAAACUUAAAUUAAUUUGUUUUAUAAACAUUUUGCACACUAAAUUCGAUCAAAAAAGAAGAAAAAAAAAAAAAAAAAAAACAACAAACUCUCAAGUUAUUUAUUCUCAUACUUGAAAAAUAUGAUACAUUUUUCAAAAUUUUUACUAAAAAAAUCCUUACAUAAAAAGGAAUGAAAAGAAACGCUUUUUGCUUCAUUUGCAUACGAGCAGGAUCUCGUUUGUUUGGCUUUAAAAUUAUUUACGAAUUAUAAAUUAUGAAAAUUGUUUAUAAAGUAAUUAAAAUUAUAAUUAAUAUUGCUUAGUGAUUUAUUUAAUAUUGUUUGUUUUUUACUUUUUUCUUUUCUUUUUUUUUUUAUCAAUUGAUCUGCUUAACUGGUUUUGUACAUUCUAAAUGAUAACCCGAUUUGUUUGUUAUAAAUUAUUUAAGUUCUUUUUUAAGCGCAUUUCGAAACGCAAGACAAAAAGUAUUUAAGAGCAAAUUUUAUAUAGAACGAAAAUGAAAUCUAUGCAAAACGCAACACAGCUUUACGCGCCAAACUAGUUUAAAAAAAAACAACAACAAUAUAUAUACACAUAAAUCUAUUAACAAUUUUUGAUAAACUAAGCUUUUAAAAAACAAAACACAACUAAAACAGUCGUAACGUAACAAGCUUAUAUACAUAUAUAAACAAAUAUAUAUAUAAUAAUUGUUUUUGUAAUAUAUGAUAAUAAUUAAUAGUUUUUUUGAACAAGAUUUAAAAGAUUUUUAAUCAAUCAAUUUACUUGCAAGUUGUAUGUACUAAAAACUAAUUACUAAUUUAACUAAACUGUAGCAAAUGGAAAACAUAAAAACAAAACGCAACCAAAACCAAUUGUAAAUUUUUACAAAGCAGAUAUAGUGUUAUAUAAAUGUAUAAUGUACAUCUAAUAUUAUAACUAUAUAUUAUUAUUAAUACACUCAAACAAAAAGUCUACCUACACACACUCACAUACACACAUAUAGGCACAGCAACAAAAACAAAUGCGCAGCGCAUGUAAAACCAAAAUAAAUUCUAAGUAAUUAACUAAUUAUUGUAAUUUUUAUUUAAGUUUUAAUAAACCAAGUUGACGAUCAAAAGCAACCAAAAAAACAAAA